CUCCACACUUGGGAAAGCAGCCGCAGCUGGUCCUUCAGACUCAUUGUUGUUUGUCUCUCUGCCCACCUUCUGCCUCUGAGUAAAAGCAUUUUUUUUCACAACAAUAGAAGGGGGAGGAGAUGGAAGAGCAGGACUCUGAAGGACCUGGACCUGGCAAGAGAGCAACGGAAGGUCCCCAUCCCAUCCAAGCUUCAACUGGUGUUAAAUUCUGGGAAAGAGUUGUGCCAGAGAUCUGGGAUCAGGAGCCCGUGAACUCAGAAGCACUUUGCCAACACUUUUGGCCAUUCCACAACCAUGAGGCCAAUGGGCCCCAAGAGGUUUGCAGCCAGGUGAAACCGGAGAGGUAUUCCAAGAAGCAGAUCCUGGACCUCGUUAUUCUGGAGCAGUUCCUGACCAUCCUGCCACAAGAAAUGCAGUACUGGGUCCGAGAAUGCAGGCCAGAGACCAGUUCCCAAGCGGUGACCCUAGCCAAAGAUUUUCUCUUGAGUCAGGCAGAGGAGAAGAGGCAUGCAGCACAGCUGUGGGAUCCAUCUGUGAAGAUGGAAGCUGACUUGUUGAUUACAGAAGUCUCUCCGCUGGAGGAAGCGCAGCAGGCUCGAGCCCAGGAACAUGCUCAAGAAGCCCUCUCGUGUGACUCCACGCCAAAUCUUCAACUCAGAACUGGCAACCCUACAGGAAGAACUGAUCUGUGUAACUGGGAGAUCCGUUGUCAUUACAGAAGAUAUCCAGGCCCCACCUCGAGGGUGGGAACCCUAGAAGAAGAGAAGGAAGCAGAGGGGGAAGAAGAGACUGUGAGGACUUUCAGGAAAGGGAAACAGGAAAUAGUUGGGGAGGAGGAAAGGAGAUGCCUCCCACAAGAGUUUGUGGGUUGCUAGUUUGCAUGAAAAAAAAGGAUUAGAGAAUUCAUGGAGGCAGUUCCUCACAUUACCAUAUUUAUAUCCCACUUUUUCCUUUGUGAGGUGCUCUAGGUGGCUCAAAAGAAAUGGCAGACAAAUCUUGGCCAAGCUAUUUAAUCUUGCAAAUAAAUGGAGCCUGUACAUUCUGGGAAGCAUACUCUGAAAUCCAGUUUUUAGAAGGCAGGAAUAGUGAUAAUUUUUGUUUUGUGCUCGUGCUUAUCGGG